AGCAGCUCCAUCAGGCACUUCCUCCUGCUGGCACUGGCAGACACGCGGCAGCUGCAGCUCCUGCACUUCUGCCUCUUGCUGGGCAUCUCCCUGGCUGCCCUCCUGGGCAACGGCCUCAUCAUCAGCGCCGUAGCCUGCGGCCACCACCUGCACACGCCCAUGUUCUUCUUCCUGCUCAACCUGGCCCUCAGCGACCUGGGCUCCAUCUGCACCAUUGUCCCCAAAGCCAUGCACAAUUCCCUCUGGGACACCAGGGACAUCUCCUACUCAGGAUGCACUGCACAGGUGUUUAUGUUUGCCUUUUUCAUUUCAUCAGAGUUUGCUCUCCUGACCAUCAUGUGCUACGACCGCUACGUGUCCAUCUGCAAACCCCUGCACUACGGGACCCUCCUGGGCAGCAGAGCUUGUGCCCACAUGGCAGCAGCUGCCUGGGCCAGUGGCUUUCUCAAUGCUCUGCUGAAUACAGCCAAUACAUUUUCCCUGCCCCUGUGCCAUGGCAAUGCCCUGGGCCAGUUCUUCUGUGAAAUCCCCCAGAUCCUCAAGCUCUCCUGCUCCAAAUCCUACCUCAGGGAACUUGGGCUUCUUGCUAUUAGUAUUUGUUUAUUUUCCGGAUGUUUUUUGUUCAUUGUUUUCUCCUAUGUGCAGAUCUUCAGGGCUGUGCUGAGGAUCCCCUCUGAGCAGGGACGGCACAAAACCUUUUCCACCUGCCUCCCUCACCUGGCCGUGGUCUCCCUGUUCUUCAGCACUGCAGCAUUUUCCUACCUGAAGCCUCCCUCCAUCUCCUCCCCAUCCCUGGAUCUGGCCCUGUCAGUUCUGUACUCGGUGGUGCCUCCAGCCCUGAACCCCCUCAUCUACAGCCUGAGGAACCAGGAGCUCAAGGCUGCAGUGUGGAGACUCAUUACUGGACAAUUAAAGAAACAUUAA